AUGGCUACCGUCAGCGUCGGCACCAAGUCAAGAGAUAAAAAAGGUUUUUUUGUAAGUUCAAAAGAAAAGGGAAGACGAGAAAAGUUAAAAAAUAUUUGGAAAAGGAAGUGUUGUAAUGUGGAAGGUGAUGGAGGCGUUAGCACAAAAAAGAAAUGCAUCGAAGCCGGCAGCUGCAACUUUCGAGGCAGACGAGUAAUCGAGUUAGACGUGCUGGCCAGAGCCCUGGAUAGUGGUUGCAGUGCGUGUGGAAAAGCACUUCAGCUAUCAAACUGCCAAGAUGAGACUAUCUCUGGGUUGGGUAGUUUUUUGUAUAUUAUGUGCAGCGAUCCGGAAUGUGGAGAGGUAAAUGUGUGCACCACAAACAAAUCGCAUCGUGCCGCCGGUGCUGGUCGUGGCCGACCAGUUUUUUAUGUCAACACCAAACUUGCCGCAGGUAGGUAUUUUUUUUUGAUUAGCAGCUUUUAUCUGAACAUUUUAACAAGCUUCAUCAAAAUUUAACAAUCAUAAUACCGUGUAAUAACUAACUUUUAAAUGUAAAUGUACUGUGUUUAUACGCAGGAAUGUUACACGCCGGUAUCGGGGUAACACAUGUAAACGCACUUCUCACGUCGAUAAACCUUCCAGCCGUGGGACAAAACACUCUGAAGGCCAGAGAAAGAGAAGUUGGCCCAGCGAUUGAGGCUGUUGCAAGGAAUUCAUGUUUAGAAGGGUUACAGUUGGAGAAAGAGUGUCGGAGGACCGGGGACACAGAGCAAGUUGUAAAAAUCGGGGUAUCGUACGACAUGGGCUGGCAGAAGAGGGGAAAGGGCCACAAUAGUUUGACAGGUCAGUCCUAUAAUAUACAUAAAGCCAUGAAAUAAUGGAGGUAGUUUUGCUUUGCCUGCGUGGCAUCCAUAUCAGUAACAAGUGUCUGUUUAUUCGUUAUAAACUACAGUAUAAACAAAUUCACAACAAUUUUUUCUUUUGCUUAAAUAAUAACAAUAGUAAUAAGAUAAUGAAAUAGCAGCUCUAGAAGUAAAACUCAAUAGACCACAAAAUUUCCAUCCAACAGCAGUCAGGCAAUUUAACAUUUGAUUUCCUUCAACAAUAAUAUUAUUAUUAAAACCGAAUAUUGGAAGCAGGGUGCUUGUUCGAAUCAUCCCCAAAGACAGUGAAUGAGCUAAUUACUAGCAUUAGUAAUACAACAAUGAGUCAUUCAUUUAAUUUCUAGAGGUAUUGACUUUUUGACUAAAGUAAAUAAAACAAGACUAUUUUUCUUUCAUAGGAGUUGGGUCUAUGAUUGGGCUAUCUUCAGGCAAGGUGGUGGGCUACAGCACAAGGACAAAGAGAUGUGCAUUAUGUGAGGCAGCUAAGAGAAAUGGCAAGGAACCGAGGUCACAUGACUGUCGGAUGAACUGGACAGCAUCCUCCAAGUCCAUGGAGCCCGAUGUUGCUGUGGAGUUGGUAAAGGGCGCCAUUAGUGCGGGUGCUCAAGUGUCAGUUAUGGUUGGGGAUGAAGACUCGGCCACAAUCAAGAAAGUGAGGGAAAGUGUCACACAUGAAGUUGACAAAUGGUCAGAUAUUACUCAUGCAAAACGGUCAUUUGGAUCCCAUCUCUACAGCCUGCAACCACAGCAUAAAGGAAUCCUUAGUACUAAAGUAAUUAACCACUUCUUGAAAUGUUUUGGGUAUGCGCUAAGCCAAAACAAAGACAAUGUUGACGGUCUGGAGAAAAAUCUGAAAGCCAUUGUCCCUCAUGCAUUUGGCAAACAUAAUAAAUGUGACAGUUCUUGGUGUGGGUUUCUGAAGAGCCCCACAACGUACAAACACAAGAGCCUCCCACGUGGCAAAGAUUUAAAAGGUGAGAAACUAGAGGAAGAUCUUAAUGCUGUUGUGGACAUCUUUGUCCAGAAUUCGGAGAAGCUUGCCCCUCUUGGUUCAAGUCAGUCGAAUGAAGCCCUCAACAACCCCAUUGGCAGCAAAGCUCCAAAAAUUCCACACUACGGUGGCAGUGAAAGUAAUGAUUUUAGAGUGGCCUGUGCUGUCAGCCAGAAGAAUGUGGGUUAUUCUUAUGUGGCAAAGGUUAGCAUUAGCUUUAAGUGACCACACAUCUGCGACUACAUUAAAGAGAAUAAUAUCAUAGCUUACAGUGCAACUACUAGAACUGAAGCCACCAAUGGAACAAUUUUUUUAUUUUAUUUUUGCAAAAUAUCCUAAGCAUUUAUCCAUUGAAAACAUAGCAGAAUAAAUAAGACUUUAUGUCUUCUACAAAAGUGUACAACAUUUGUUUAGAUGGCUUUGUUUGUAGUAAUUGCACUGUAAUGCAAUGUUAUUGGAUAACUGCAGGAAGAUUUUUUUUGCAACCAUAGGAUGUUUGCAGGUAUAUGAAUAGUUGUCGCACAUAUAAAUAUUGGUAUUUUAAUAAGGUAUAUCAUCACAGAUUAUGAGUAGAUAAGAAGUCAGUGUCAGAUGUCUCUUAUAAUGUAACAAACAACACUUCAUGUCCUAGGCUCUUGCUCCAAACCAAUUUGUCCUGUUAUAAUAAAUUUAUUAUGUUCUAGGCUUUACACGAAAUUCAGUUAUCUCCAGGCAGAUAUUGUGAAAGAUAUGCAGGCAGAGUAGAUAGAAAGAUACCACUCUUAGCAGCCAGAACUAAGACUCGGGAAUACAAAAAGGAGAGAAGGCAGAGAACAGAGAGGAGAGCAUCUAAGCUCAAGCAGUUAGAAGCCAGAGAGGGCAAGCAGUAUGAAAGUGGCCUAGGUUACAGACAUGACAGUUCUGAAGAGCAGACUGAAAUACCACCUCAUACUUGCAGACCAGAUAUACAAAAAGUCUGUGCACCAGCUUGCAUGAAGACAGUAGUGUUUGACUUGGAGACAUCUUCAAGGGGUACCAACUGACUAAUAAUAAUAAUAAUAAUAAUAAUAAUAAUAAUAAUAACAGUAGUUCAUUAAAAAUUAAAAAUCAUAAUCAUUCUAAUCAUUCUUCUUCUUAUCAUUAUUAUUAGUAGUAUUAUUAUUAUUUUAUUAUUAUUAUUAUUAUUAUUAUUAUUAUUAUUAUUUUUAUUAUUAUCAUUUAUUAUAUAGACACGAGUGUUUUACUGGAAAAUAUACCACUCGUAAAAUUCAUAAAAACUACAUCCGGGACCUGAGUGGUUUAUUUUCCAUAAUCUCACACGUGAGUUUAUCGAUGACAUAAUUUUGGUAAUUUCCCUCUAUUAUUUUAUCAAUGUCAUUUUGUCUAUAUAAUAAAAAGAACAUUACACGGAGGCUUGAAGAUAUGAAUUUUAUUUUCUCGUGGCAAAAACAAUAUUUUACUCACUCACUGCGCUCAUUCGUAAAAUAUUGUUUUGCCACUCGAAAAUAAAAUUCAUAUCUUCGCACCACCGUGUAAUACCCUCUAUUUAUUUUUAGUGCAUUACAUUUGAAUGCUCUUAAAAUAUUGAAUAAACAUUACAAAAGAAUAAUGCAAGAUCCUUUAAUUUAUUGUUUGGGAUAGCCAAAGCCUACUCAGUUUUUUCACUCCUGAAAGUUUUCUUUCAUCUCUAAGAAAGAAAUUAAAACUAAAACUUCCAAAAAAUUCAGUAUUCUGCAAACUAACCAUAUUUGUUUUCAAUUUAAUGUUAAAUUGAGGAAUAUUGUAUUUUAUGAAGAAUUUUUAAAACGUUCAAACUGUGUAUGGCAUACAGUUAAGUAUUUCAAAGCAACAUAAUGGUAGAUUCAUGUUUAAUUUUUGCAGUAAUUAUGUCCUGGAUAGUUGAACAGGAAAAUGUUUAUGCUAAAUUGUUAGGUGAAUUGUUUACAAAUAACCAAAUACAAAGACCAAAAUUGUUUAACAAUUAAAAUUCCCUCAUUAAUUUUGGCAGGUGAUGAUGCUGAAAUUUGCGAGAUUGCGGCAGCAGAAGGAAAGAAUACCUUCCAAGUUUACAUCCUUCCUAGCAACAGCAUAACACCAGCUGCAUCAGCAGUCAACAAGUUGACUGUGAGGAGUGGGGUUCUCCACUAUGAUGGACAACCAGUUUCCUCAACAUCUUUAGUAGCAGGCCUAUCAGAUCUUCUUUAA